UGUUUCUGCCAGUUCUCGGACUAUGUCCCUGCUGUCACAGCUGGAGAAGAUCAAUUUGGACUCUCUGUUGGGGGAAUCAGGCAGUGCCAGAUAUGUUACCUCAAAGAUCCUUCAUCUGGUCCAGAGCCAAGAAAAAACCAGGAAGGAGAUGACUUCAAAGGGGUGCACUGGAAUAGAAGUUAUGCUAUCAACGCUAGAGAAUACAAAAGAUACUCAAACUAUUCUAAAUAUAUUGAAUAUUCUGAUUGAGGUAGUCUCAGUUGGUGGUGGUCGGAGAGCAAAUAUCUUAGUUACCAAAGGAGGGACACAGAUCUUAUUACAGCUGCUUUUGACUGCCAGCAAAGAUUCUCCACCAAAUGAAGAAUUAAUGGUGCUGCUUCAUACUCUUCUUGCAAAAAUUGGUCCAAAAGACAAGAAGAUUGGCAUGAAAGCAAGAAUAAAUGGUACCCUGAACAUAUCACUGAAUUUAGUGAAACAGAAUUUGCAGAACCACAGGCUAAUAUUGCCAUGUCUUCAAGUACUAAGAGUUUACUCAACCAACUCUGUAAAUGCGGUGUCUUUGGGAAAGAAUGGAGUAGUGGAACUGAUGUUUAAGAUCAUUGGCCCUUUUAGUAAAAAGAACACUAGCCUUAUGAAGGUUGCUUUAGAUACACUUGCUGCGUUGCUAAAAUCAAAAACAAAUGCCAGGAGAGCAGUAGACAAAGGAUAUGUGCAGUUGCUUUUAACGAUUUAUGUUGAUUGGCACCGCCAUGAUAGUCGGCACAGAUAUAUGCUGAUACGUAAAGGAGUUUUACAGUGCAUUAAAAGUGUAACAAACAUCAAACUGGGAAGAAAAGCAUUUAUUGAUGCCAAUGGGAUGAAAAUUCUCUACAACACUUCACAAGAGUGCCUUGCUGUGAGAACUCUUGAUCCUCUUGUCAACACAUCCAGCCUAAUAAUGAGAAAAUGUUUUCCUAAAAAUCGUCUUCCCUUACCGACUAUCAAAAGUGCUUUCCAUUUCCAACUCCCAGUUAUUCCUGCCAGUGGUCCUGUGGCUCAGCUGUACAAUUUGCCUCCUGAUGUGGAUGACGUAGUAGAUGAAAGUGAUGAUAAUGAUGAUCCUGAAACAGAAUCAGAAAUUGAAACUGAAAAUGAUGAUGACAAGGACCAACAUUUUAAGAAUGAUGAUAUUGAGACUGAUAUUAAUAAACUGAAACCUAGACAAGAAUUGGGAAGACCCAUAGAAGAACUGAAAAUGUAUGAGCACUUUUUCCCAGAACUUUCAGAAAACUUUCAGGAAUGGGAGUUAGUUUCCAAGGAACCAAAGCCUUUUGUACCUGAUGCAAAUAUGAGUGGACCUAUUGUUGUUCCUACAGCUGGCAAGGAGCACUCUACUGAAGAAAACCAGUUAACAAAAGGAGUUGCUUUGAAGGAGGGCAAUCCUUUAAUGACAGAGGAAUGCAAUAGGAGACCAGUCUUUCUGGAACUACCAAAGAAAGAUAGUUUGAAAGACAGUAGUUCACAGCAGGAAAAUGAUCAAAGAAACAUGGUUCCAUCAUGCCAGUGUCUAAGCCAAGAAAUUGUGAAAGGUUUGGACAGAAUCAGUCUGCAGAACAAUGCAAAAAAUGAUCAGUAUUAUGGUACAGGUUGUGCAGUAAAGAAGGAAAGCAAAGCUAGCCUUACCACACUUGCUUGUAGUAAACCUUGUGAACAUGUUUCACCCUGUGGAAGUAGCCUCUUUGAAGGAUCAUCUGUCCAGCUGGGAAAACUCUGCUGCGCUGGAGUGGAUUCAGGGGAGGAGGAUGAUUCCAGAUCUAGUUCAUCAGAGGAACAAAUUGUGCUCGAGGUUUCUGAUGUAUCACCAGUUCACGACUGUGAUCUUUAUAUUGAAAUGAUGAAAACCACAAAGUCUAUUCUGGAAUAUUCAGAAGUAGCCUAUCCAGACUAUUUUGGCCAUAUUCCACCACCAUUUAAGGAACCUAUACUGGAAAGGCCAUAUGGGGUGCAGAGGACAAAAAUUUCUCAAGAUAUUGAAAGGCUGAUUCAUCAGAAUGACAUUAUAGACAGAGUUGUGUAUGACCUCGAUAAUCCAAGUUAUUCAGUACCAGAGGAAGCAGAUGUUUUGAAGUUUAAUUCCAAAUUUGAAUCUGGAAACCUGCGCAAAGUUAUUCAGAUCAGAAAAAAUGAAUAUGAUCUAAUUCUGAACUCAGAUAUAAAUAGCAAUCAUUAUCAUCAAUGGUUUUACUUUGAAGUCAGUGGAAUGAAAACUGGCAUUGGUUACCGGUUUAACAUCAUCAACUGUGAAAAGUCAAACAGUCAGUUUAACUAUGGUAUGCAGCCCCUCAUGUAUUCUAUUCAAGAGGCACUAAAUUCUCGACCAAGCUGGACUCGUGUUGGAACAGAUAUUUGUUACUAUAAGAAUCACUUUUCAAGAAGUUCAAUUGCUGCUGGAGGUCAGAAAGGAAAAUCUUAUUACACAAUUACAUUCACAGUCACUUUCCAACAUAAAGAUGAUGUCUGCUACUUUGCUUACCAUUAUCCGUAUACAUACUCAACUUUGAAGAUGCAUCUUCAGAAGCUGGAAUCUAUGCACAACCCUCAGCAGAUAUAUUUUCGACAAGACGUUCUCUGCGAGACUCUGGCUGGUAACAGCUGUCCAUUAGUCACUAUUACAGCCAUGCCAGAGUCCAAUUACUAUGAACAUAUCUGUCAGUUCAGGAAUCGUCCUUAUGUUUUCCUCUCUGCUCGUGUACAUCCUGGCGAGACAAAUGCAAGCUGGGUUAUGAAGGGAACACUGGAAUACCUUAUGAGCAAUAGUCCAAAUGCCCAGUAUUUACGAGAAUCUUAUAUUUUCAAAAUUAUUCCCAUGCUUAAUCCAGAUGGCGUCAUCAAUGGAAA